AUCUGUGAACGGUCCACUGCUCUAAUGCAAGUCACAGCGUUGUGAUUUGCGACAGCGAGUCAGUCAGCCCGAGGCUAUGGGUCAGUCAGAGGGGCUAGAGAGCAGGGGUGGCAUAAACAGCCCUGACCCCCUGGUACGAGAGGCCUAUCUGAUGUUACAUGACUAUAUAAACUAUGUGAUUGCAGGGCCCGACGGCCACAUAGGCCCACCACCUACUGCCACAGCAGCAGCCCUGCGCCAUGCUGGGGAUGAGCUGCUAGUUAGGUUCCCCAUCUUCUUCAGGCGCUGGCCACGCGUCUUCCACGAUGUGACCGAGGCCACAGCCUGCCCCAUGCUCACCGCCAUCCUGGAUGAGCACUUUGCCACCACCACCCCCGGGGGGCGCCGACGAGACCUGGCCUGGAGUGCGGUGCUGUCUGUGUAUGUGCUGGCUGGCCAGAUGGCCCUGCACUGCCACGAGAGGGGCAUGGAGGGAAUCGUGCCCCAGCUUAAGGAGUGUGUGGGGGGUUACGUGGAGAGGGUCAUCUGUCCAGAGAUUCGGGACAAGGGUGGAUGGACAGGCUUUGUGUCCCGCUUUGGGCAGAAGCAGGACUUGGAGGGCCAGGUGAAGAAGGUGUGUUGCUGGACUCUACUACUAUUGGUCACCAGUAUCCUGUCCUAUUUCCUGUGGAAACGAAUAAUAUCUUAAACAACACCCCUACCUGGUGACCACAAUCAGAUCGCUCCAAAAGUCCCCUUAUUGAAUAAAUAUUUUCCCAAAGCAUAUAUUUUCCAACUGUAUCUCAAUGUCCCACUAUUGUCUAUUUUAAACCAUUGAGGUGUGCAAUCAUGCUGGUAAAAACAUUACCUCAGUAA